AUGUCCGGCUUCCUGGGCAAGCUUGAAGAAGCCAGAAGAAUCGUGGGCGAGCCAAACUUUAUCGGACCACAAGCAGCCAAAGCACUGUUGGAAGAUGAUCCGAGUGGUCUCUUGCUAGACGUGCAGGAUCCUGGGAGUGACAUGCUGGCGGGGGCGUACAAUGUGUCUUUGGGCACGCUCUUCUUCAAAGCCAGCUCGGAUCUGGAGGAAUUCAAGGAUUCGACGAUAGCCGAUCGGUCUAAAGAUUCCCUGAUCAUUGCGACGUGUAUGUAUGGAGGGCAGGCUGCGCUUGCAGCGCAAGUGCUGUGCGAAUAUGGCUUUACCAACGUCAAGGUCAUGCAGGGAGGCAAUGAGGAUGCUAGGAGGUGCGGUUGUUUUCCCUGA